AUGGCUAUCAACAGCAGUGGCGUCCCUGGCCUGUCAAUAGCCGUCGUGUACAACGGCACCGUGCAGUACAGUGGCGGAUUUGGUGUACGUCUCAUUGGCGGCAACGACUCCGUCGACGCCGACACUGUCUUCCAACUAGCCUCGGUCUCAAAGCCAAUCUGUUCGACCAUCGUAGCCGCUAUCGUCACCGCGACAAAUCUCACCUUCGACACCGCCAUCAAUAGCCCUGACGAAGUCGCCGCGUACUCGGACCCCUGGAUAUCAGACGAAGUGACGAUCGCGGACUGCCUCUCGCACCGCAGUGGCCUCUACGGUCUCGCAGGCGACGACCUUGAACUUCUUGGCUAUGACCGUUCCACCGUCCUCUCCAAACUUCAAUAUAUGGCCCCCUUCGGCCCCUUCCGCGCCAGCUACAGCUACAGCAACUACGGGAUCACCACUGGCGGCACUCGAGCCGCCAUCGCCGCAAACGCAACCUGGGAGGAUGCUGCAGAGCAAUACCUCUACAGCCCCCUCUCCAUGACCAGCACCAGUAGCCGCUACAGCGACUUCCUGUCCCGCACCAAUCGCGCAGGCCUGCAUAUCCUCUCCUCCACCAGCAGCAACGCCACCAUCGCCUCGGCCGCCAACACAACAGUCUGGACGCCCUCCCGCGCCCGUAACCCAGACGCACAGGCUCCCGCCGGCGGCGUCUCCUCCAGCGUUAACGACCUCGCGAAAUGGGUCCAAUUGCACCUCUCCCUCGGCAUCCCUCCCAACUCCUCCGACCAACUUAUCUCCCAGACCGCGUUGAAUACAACCCGCACCCCACAGAUUGUGCGCGGCAUCAACCUACUACCAACGCCACGGGCUUCUACGGCCUAG